AAAAAAAAAAAAAUAAUAAUAACAAAAAAAGGUUUAUCCUUUCACUUGUUCUCGUUUCCCUCUCUCCGUGUUCUCUCCAAUGGCGGACAAGCUAGCUCUCCCUCUUCUUCUCCCAACCAGCACACCUUCCUCAAAACCCUUAUUUCACCACCAAAAUCAUCAAACAAGGCCCUUUCUAACCUCACAACAACCUCCAUCACAACCUUCUCCAGUUGAACCUCUCCUCCACGACGUCUUUCUCCACCAAAACCCUAAUAAUCCCAUUAUCACCCCACAAUCUCCUAAAACCCGUAACCGAACUCGACUCGGCAAGUCACGACGAGACCCUAACCUCGGUAAGCCUUGGUCUUACCACGGCUUAUCCCCACAAGGUCACCAGAUUCUCCGCUCCUUAAUCGAAUCCCGCCACACUUUUAAUUCCGCCCAAUUCGACCCUCUUCUCUCCCACUUACCUUCCUCGGACCUACUCCCUCUUCUCCAAGGAUUAGGCUUCCACAAGAGACCCGAUUUAGCUCUCGCUGUGUUCGAUUGGUUUACGAAGCGAAAGGGUUAUCAUCAGUUAGAUAACUCUGUUGUUUCUCAUGUUAUCGCUACGUUGGGGAAACAAGGAAGAGUCUCUUCCGCUGCGGAUUUAUUUAACGGGUUGAUCGAAGACGGGUUUAAUCUCGAUGUUUACUCGUACACCUCGUUGAUAUCCGCGUUUGCGAAUAGCGGGAGGUAUAGAGACGCUGUGAAGGUGUUCAAGAAGAUGGAGGAAGAAGGGUGUGAGCCGAGUUUGUUUACUUACAAUGUUGUUCUGAAUGUGUUUGGGAAGAUGGGUGCUCCUUGGAGUAAGAUUAUGUCUCUUGUGGAGAAGAUGAAGAAGAGUGGUGGUGGUGGGAUUGCUCCGGAUGUAGUCACGUACAACACGCUUAUAAGUUGUUGUAAAGGAGGGUCUUUGCAUGAGGAAGCUGCUCGGGUUUUCGAGGAGAUGAAGAUGGCGGGGGUUAGUCCUGAUAAUGUUACUUAUAAUACCUUGAUUGAUGUUUAUGGGAACUCUCACCGGCCUAAGGAGGCUAUGAAGGUGUUUAAUGAGAUGGAGGUUUGUGGGUUUACGCCGAGUGUUGUGAGUUAUAACACGUUGAUAUCUGCGUAUGCGCGUGACGGGAUGUUGGAUGAAGCAGUGGAGGUUAAGAAUCAGAUGGUGGGGAAGGGAAUGAGGCCUGAUGUUUACUCGUACACCACGCUUUUUUCGGGGUUCGAGAGAGCUGGGAAGGUUGAGUCUGCUAUGAGUGUUUUUGAAGAGAUGAGAGACGCUGGUUGCAAACCGAAUAUGUGUACUUUUAAUGCGUUUAUAAAGAUGUAUGGUAACAGGGGGAAGUUUGCUGAGAUGAUGAAGAUAUUCGAUGAGAUCAACGCGUGUGGCCUUUCUCCAGACAUUGUCACUUGGAACACAUUGUUAGCAGUCUUUGGUCAAAACGGGAUGGAUUCUGAAGUUUCAGGUGUGUUCAAGGAGAUGAAGAGAGCAGGUUUCGUACCUGAGAGAGAGACUUUCAAUACGUUAAUCAGUGCUUAUAGCCAUUGUGGUUCCUUUGAACAAGCUAUGACUGUUUACAGGCGAAUGCUUGAAGCUGGGGUCACUCCUGACCUCUCCACUUAUAACACUGUGUUGGCAGCUUUGGCACGUGGAGGAAUGUGGGAACAAUCCGAGAAAGUUCUUGCGGAGAUGGAGGAUGGUCGGUGCAAACCGAAUGAGUUAACUUACUGCUCGCUACUUCAUGCGUAUGCAAAUGGCAAGGAGAUAGGUCGGAUGCAUUUCUUAGCAGAAGAAGUGUACUCGGGAGUUAUAGAGCCUCGGGCUGUGCUUCUGAAGACACUAGUCUUGGUUUGUAGUAAGUGUGAUCUUUUGCCGGAAGCAGAACGUGCCUUCUCCGAGCUUAAAGAAAGAGGGUUUUCACCAGACUUAAGAACUUUGAACUCUAUGGUCUCUAUAUACGGAAGGAGGCAGAUGGUGGCAAAGGCAAACCAAGUGUUAGACUACAUGAAAGAGAUGGGGUUCACACCAAGCACGGCGACGUACAACAGCCUCAUGUACAGGCAUAGCCGGUCUGUGGAUUUCAGAAAAUCAGAGGAGAUCUUGAGGGAAAUACAAGCCAAAGGCAUCAAACCAGAUAUCAUAUCGUACAACACAGUCAUUUACGCCUAUUGUAGGAAUACUCGGAUGAGAGAUGCUUCUAGAAUCUUCGCAGAGAUGAGAGAUUCAGGGAUUGUUCCAGAUGUAAUCACCUACAAUACAUUUAUUGCAUCUUAUGCGGCUGACUCGAUGUUUGAGGAAGCCAUUGGUGUUGUUAGGUACAUGAUCAAGAAUGGGUGUAGACCAAACCAGAAGACUUACAACUCCAUUGUUGAUGGUUACUGUAAGUUAAACAGGAAAGAUGAGGCAAAGCUGUUUGCUGAAAAUCUGAGGAAUCUUGAUCCUCAUGCUCCUAAAGGCGAGGAUCAAAGGUUGCUGGAACGCAUAGUGAAGAAAUGGCCAAUAAGAUAGUUGGGAUUCUAGAAUCAGGACUUUUGGCUUUGUCUCCUUAUAUCCCAAUAAGCAUAUCUGCGUAUCGCAUUAAGCUAUACAAUAUCUGCAGCUCUGACCCUUCAUCAUCGCCUCACUUGUACAGAUGAAACUGAAGUAUGAAACCGUUUGGUGGUUUUUGGUUAGUUUAUGUAUGGGAUUACUUGUGCUCAAGCUCUGGUUCGUUUUUUUUUCCUUCUGAUGAUGAAAAUAUGGAACUAGUUUGGCUGAGAUCGUUUCUAGAUCGGAAAGGAGAGAUGUUUUUUGUUUUUUUGUGUCAGGCUAAGAAGCAUAGUGAUUAGUUUAUACCAAUUAGUUGUAUGUUUUGAGACAUCUCUUGUUAGCUUAUGUAUGGCAUGCAAUAUCAUACUCCCCUGUUUUAUUAUAAGUG